AUGACAAAUAGAAAUGGGGAGAGAGAGACAGCUAAGCGGUGUAUGGAGCUGAUAGAGACAUUGCCUGCAAUGCUACCAGCGAGGAUAACUGAUGCGUAUCGACCAGUGAAGACGCGGCGAUUAGGACAUACAAGCACGCAUAUCACGCAAGAUACUCCCAAAUCAUCCAACAACUCGUUUGCCAGCUCAGCCUCGACGCCGCGGAUAGAAGUGAGCAGUGCACGUCGCAACUGGAGCACGCAAGACUACAAAGAUACGUCGAUAUUAUAUAAAGACCGCGGACGGAAUAUGAAGCACCUCGGCGAUCGCCACUAUCAGCAGGCAUCGAAGGCGGCGAGCGAGAGUGGGAGUGGGAGUGCAACUGCUAAUGCCAGCGCUAGCGGAAACUCGAGUGGAUCGAGCCACACUCUGAAAAUACUCGCCAGCUGCGAACUUGUCGAUGCCGUGCUGAUGUAUGUGUACGGGUUCUGGUGCGAAGACCGCAGCAGUGUGCCGAACAUACAGAACUGGCACAGCCUCGAACCGCUUGCUAAGUUUGCGCGCUCCAAGUGGGAUGCGCUUGCCGACCCCGACACCCAAACUCAAUGUCACCCUCACAGCCUGCCGCCACAGCUGCUCGCGCAUAUGCAGGGGCUCGCACUGCUGGUGUACGCUCUUGUGCUCUUCCAAAUUGCUACUAUCGACGCCACGCAGCUCUUCCACAAGUCUAUCAAGCUGCAGCGGACGGGCGGUGACACCAUGGCGGAACUGGCGACGCAGCUCCUCGCCAAAAGCAUAGAGAAUCACAAACGCAAGGAAAAGGCAAAGGAGAUUCUCGAUAAGGCUAUAGAUAAAUUUCCGAGCACCUCACUCAAGCUCAAGUUCCCAAGGACGUGGGCGCGCGCAGUGGGUGGGUAUCUCGGCGGCAGUGAGAGUGCAAGUGCAAGUGGGAAUGAAGGCGAGAGCCCUGAGGACAGCGAGGAGAUGAGGUAUGAUCGCGAUAGAGCAGCGUCGUUAGGCGUGAAAUGCGAUAGCAUACGUAGGGUGAAAAUGGGAGAUAAAGACACACCCAGCGAAUCGCUCGAUCCAGAUAGCGUGCUGGGUAUUGGAGGACACGCAGGUGGUGGCUUCGCGUGGCCAUUGCUCGAAGGAGGAUUCGCACACGAGUGGUGGCCGCAUGUGGUAGUAUUUGCGCGCUCAGUGUUAGAUGAGUUCGCUCAGACAGUGAGAUUAGAUGAGUUUCAAACAGCAGCUAAGAGAGGCUAUGUCAAGCUCAAGUGA